CUGACACCUGCGGCUUCGCCACCGGCGGCUCGGGUAGGUCGGGCGUUCCCAGGGCUCGGCUCAGGCUCCCCCGUGCUAGGCGGUGGGUCUCUGCUGCGGGCUUGUGCUACAGCUAGGCUUUCCGCCCUAAGAAUUCGCGCGACCUAGGCUUGGAUCCUGAAGGGCUGGGAAGAAAGGUGGGCGCGCGUAGCAGUUGCUAAAACCUCCUUUUGCUCCAAGUUCUUGCACGUGGAAAAUUCUCUGUUCAAACUUUUGUCCAGAAUCCUCUCAGCAUGAGGUCCUCUCUACAGGCAGUAGCGCUCUGGGGGAAGAAGGCCCCUUCGCACAGCAUCACUGCCAUAAUGAUCACUGAUGACCAGCAAACCAUUGUGACUGGAAGUCAAGAAGGUCAGCUCUGUCUCUGGAAUCUCUCACCUGAACUAAAGAUUUCAGCUAAAGAACUUUUAUUUGGUCAUUCGGCUUCAGUAACGUGUUUGGCAAGAGCGAGGGAUUUCUCGAAACAGCCCUAUGUCGUUAGUGCUGCUGAAAAUGGGGAGAUGUGUGUUUGGAAUGUCACCAAUGGACAGUGCGUGGAGAUGGCCACACUUCCUUACAGGCACACUGCAAUCUGUUAUUACCACUGCUCAUUCCGGAUGACUGGGGAAGGCUGGCUUUUGUGUUGUGGAGAAUAUCAAGAUGUUCUUAUCAUUGAUGCCAAAAGCUUGGAUGUUAUUCACACUUUUAUAUCAUCUCAGUCUCCUGAUUGGAUCAACUGCAUGUGCAUUGUUCACUCCAUGAGAAUUCAAGAAGAUUCUCUCUUGGUGGUAUCAGUAGCGGGUGAGCUCAAAGUAUGGGAUCUCUCUUCAUCUAUCAACAGCAUUCAGGAAAAGCAAGAUGUCUAUGAAAAGGAAUCCAAAUUUCUUGACUCCUUGAACUGCCGGACAAUACGAUUUUGCACAUAUACGGAAAGACUUUUACUGGUGGUAUUUUCUAAAUGUUGGAAGGUUUAUGAUUAUUGUGAUUUUUCCCUUCUGUGGACUGAAGUUAGUGGAAGCGGGCAGUGUUUUGCUGGGGGAGAGGUGCUUGCUGCUCACAGAAUCAUCAUCUGGACAGAAGACGGUCACAGUUACAUCUAUCAGCUGCUGAACAGCGGGCUUUCCAAAAGCAUAUACCCUGCUGAUGGAAGAGUGCUCAAAGAGACCAUUUAUCCUCAUUUACUGUGCUCUACUUCUGUGCAGGAAAAUAAGAACCAGAGCCUUUCCUUUGUUAUGGGCUACAUGAAUGAACGGAAGGAGCCUUUUUAUAAGGUACUUUUCUCUGGAGAAGUCUCAGGAAGAAUUACUUUGUGGCACAUCCCUGAUGUUCCUGUAUCCAAGUUUGAUGGUUCUCCUAGAGAAAUACCAAUAACCGCCACCUGGACUCUUCAAGAUAAUUUUGAUAAGCAUCAUACCAUGUCACAAAGUAUUAUUGACCAUGUCUCUGGGACUGGAACAGUGGGAGUCACUUCAUCAGAGCAUGUUCCAAGUCUUGAUAAACUAAUAUGUGGCUGUGAAGAUGGGACAAUUUUCAUUACACAGGCUUUGAAUGCUGCCAAAGCAGGACUUCUAGAAGGAGGUUCUUUAUUAAAAGAUUCCCUUCCUUACAAAGUUCUCAAAGGCCAUCACCAAGGUGUUACUUCAUUACUUUACCCACAUGGUCUCUCUUCAAAAUUAGACCAAAGUUGGCUUGUGUCUGGGGACCAGGACUCAUGUGUCAUCUUGUGGAAUAUCUUUACUGAAGAAAUUUUGCAUAAAUUCUUUUUGGAGGCUGGUCCAGUAACAAGUCUUUUGAUGUCACCAGAGAACUUCAGACUAAGAAGUGACCAGGUCAUCUGCUGUGUGUGCAGUGACCAUUCCGUGGCUCUCCUUCACCUUGAGGGGAAGAGGUACCUCUUGCAUGCCCGCAAGCACCUUUUCCCUGUGAGGAUGAUAAAAUGGCACCCGGUUGAGAAUUUUUUAAUCGUUGGAUGUGCAGAUGACUCCGCUUACAUCUGGGAAAUUGAAACAGGCACUUUGGAAAGACAUGAAACAGGAGAAAGAGCAAGAAUUAUUCUCAAUUGUUGUGAUGAUUCACAGCUUCUAAAGCCCGAGUCUGUACUUGUAGUGGCCUCAGAGACACAUAAGCACAAAAGCGUAGAGCAGAGAUCUUCCAGCGCCUAUUCGUUUGGGCCCAUCCCUUGCCCCGGUCUGCAGGUGGAGUCUUCGUGUAAGGUUGCUGAUGCCAAGUCUUUCUCAGGACCUUUUAAGGUCUUGCCUGUGAAGACAAAAUGGAGUAAUAUUGGCUUUCAUAUCCUUCUAUUUGAUCUGGAAAAUCUUGUUGAACUUUUGCUGCCAACUCCAAUCUGUGAUGUUGACCCUUCUAAUUCAUUCUACGGUAGUGAGAUCCUGAGAAGAGCCAAAAGCACAGUGGAGAAGAAAACACUGACACUGAAAAGAAAUAAAACUGCCUGUGGUUCUCUCUCAGCAGAGGCGCAAGCCAAGCCUAUUGGUGAAAACCCAGCCCAAGGAGAUAAUACUGUCAAGUUCUUAGAGGAAAGUGAUGGCAUUAAAAGGCAGAAGAAAACAAAGAACUCCAAAAAGAUGCACCCUAAGCCAUCAAGAAAAGUAGAUGCCAACAUCACAGUAGAUGCAGCUAAAUUGUUCCUAUCUUGCUUUUUGCCAUGGGGAGUGGAUAAAGAAUUAGAUAAUCUCUGCAUUAAGCAUCUCAAUAUUUUAAAGCUUCAGGGUUCUGUUUCUUUAGGACUUGCCUCAAAUGAAGAUCGCUUCUCAUUGAUGCUGCCGGGCUGGGAUGUGUGCAAUGAUGAAAUGAAAACAGACUAUUCAAAAGUUAAUUUAUUUUCCAAAAAAGUUUUGGACUUGUCAAAUAAAUACACGUCCACUCUUCCAAAUCAGGUUGGGUUGCCAAGAGGACUGGAGAAUAAUUGUGAUUCCUUGCAAGAGUCAAACACUCUAGUUUAUUUAUUGAGCAGACUAUUUGUAGUUAAUAAGUUAGUUAACAUGCCUUUAGAGUUGGCAUGCGGAACUGACAGGUCUUUCAAAAUGGAAUCUGUGCACAACAAGGCAAAAAGUCCUGGGAAUGAGAUUUUGACUUUUUCAAGCUUCUAUGGUUACUUACGAAAUGGUAAGAAUGAAUCCCAUAUACCUGAAGCUGACAUUUCACUUUUGAAGCUCAUUUCCUGUUGGAGAGACCAGUCUGUGCAGGUAACUGAAGCAAUACAAGCUGUUCUCUUGGCGGAAGUUCAACAGCACAUGAAGACGUUGAGUAAGACACCAGUCAACAGUCAACCAGUGCCCAUGACAGAGGAUGUUCACUGUGAGAUGAGGCAGAUUCUGCAGAAUACAGAAUGGACCUGUGGGGAGGAGGUAGAGUUACAGUGUACUACAGACACCGGGCCUCUGCAAACUCCAGUCAGUCCGGUCAAGCAUGACAGCAACUCAAACUCGGCAAACUUCCAAGACACUGAGGACAUGCCUGACAGAUGCGUCUUGGAAGAGUCUGAGAGUCCAGGUAAGCCAAGGCAUCAUUCAUGGAUAGCGAAGGUGUGUUCCUGCAAGCUGUGCUAAAUGGAAUCUUAUCUAUAGGAAUUGGAUUUGGACAAAUGAUGAAACCUAAACAUCCCAUUUGUUUAUUGUUGUAUAAAAACUAGGCUGUUAUCGGUCAAGUUAUUAGGUUGUAAGUAGA